AUGGUGGAGAAACCAGAGUCUGUACUUCCCUUUCCUCCCUCAACUGCUGCUGGCAGCAAAGGACUGACAGAGGUCUCCCCAGAAACAGUCACUCUGGCGCCUCCUUCUUCCACUGCAGUCUCCCCUGGGACAGAGGAACCUGCUGGAGACACCAAGAAAGAAAUUUAUUUAUGUGAAUCAGUCUGUUGCUCCUUCCCCAGACCGGGAAGUUGGAACCCUCUAUGAGUGUUUUGGCAGUGAUGGUAAACUGGUCCUACAUUAUUGCAAAUCUCAGGCA